AUGGAAAUGGAUCAAAUACCAGGAAACAGCCUUGUAGUAUUUAGCAUAACAACUUCUCUUAACGUGUCUCAUGAAUUGCCUGUUGUAGCGACGGCCUGGAUUGGCAAAACAGCGACGAAGGCUUAUGCUUUCUUUGAUGGGAUGUUAGAUAGGAUGGUUAAACAUUUUUUCAAUCAAAUGCAAUCUGAGUUUGAAAUGAGCCUUGUUGGAGAAUUGACCUAUUUUCUUGGACUGCAAAUCAAACAAAUGGAAGAUUCCAUUUUUCUCUCCCAAAGUAAAUAUGCCAAGAACAUAAUCAAAAAUUUUGGAAUGGAUAAUGCUAGUCACAAAAGAACACCUGCACCCACACAUUUAAAGUUAUCUAAAGAUGAAAGUGGUACUAGUGUUGAUCAAAGCCUGUAUAGAAGCAUGAUAGGGAGCCUGCUGUAUCUAACAGCUAGUAGACCAGAUAUUGCCUUUGCAGUUGGUGUGUGUGCUAGAUAUCAAGCAGAACCCAAAGUGAGUCACAUAAAUCAAGUUAAGAGGAUUCUCAAAUAA